AUGAAUAGAACAAUGACUCCAUUGGCUUUAGCUUUAGCUUUAGCGCUGUUUGGAUCUACCGCAUCUGCACAGAGUGAAGCAAGCUCAACUGUCACGUGUGUAGCAUCGCAAUAUCUCGACACGGCCACAAGCGAAUGUGUACACUACAAGAAUCAAGGCACAAAGGCCAGUAGCGACUUGAAUACUCCCAUUGACUCGGGCAACACGGCGUGGAUGCUAGCGGCCAGUGCUCUCGUGAUGAUCAUGACACCGGGUGUUGCUUUUUUCUAUGCGGGUCUUGCUGGUGAAGACAUGGCGUCGAACACGAUGAUGAUGUCGUUUGUUAGUAUUGCACUAGUCUCCGUUCAAUUUUGGGCCUUUGGAUACUCAGCUGCAUUCAGCUCGAACGGUAUUUUUGGAUGGGCGGGUUUCAAUAAUGUCGAGCAAUUCCCAAGCGGUACUUACGGCACUGGCAUUCCUCAUAUCUUGUUUGCCUUCUUUCAGACUCAAUUUGCGACCAUCACGCCAGCUUUGUUGAGCGGUGGCAUUGUUGGUCGAAUGAAGUUUAGCUCCUACUUGCUUUUCAUUCUUUUAUGGACGUCGCUAGUGUAUGAUCCAUUGGCUCGAUGGAUGUGGUCGCUGAAACUCGAUGACUCGUGGCAAGUUACUGCUAUGGGUUGGGAGGGCAAGAUGGGGUCGCUUGACUUUGCUGGCGGGACUGUCAUUCAUGUGUCCAGCGGUUUUGGAGCUCUUGCGGCUGCUCUGAUGGUUGGAAAGAGAUACAAUCACGGAGACCCAGUCAAACCUCACAACGUGCCGUUAGUGAUGAUUGGGGCGACGUUGCUGUGGUUUGGUUGGUUUGGCUUCAAUGCGGGCUCCCAAGGUGCUGCUGACGGGAUCGCCGCUAUUGCUGCUAUCGACACUCACCUUGCUUCUAGUGCGGGCUUUUUGACGUGGAUUGGACUCGAGUUUGCUAUGUACAAAAAGUUUGACCCAUGUGGAGCUGCGAGUGGUGCUGUUGCUGGUCUGGUUACGAUUACUCCUGGUUGUGGCUACGUCUACCCGUGGGCUGCAAUCAUUUUUGGUGUAAUAGGCGCUGCGACAGGCUUCGGUGCCAUUCACAUGAAGAAUCACCUGCGGUAUGAUGAUACACUUGACUCGUUUGCCAUCCACGGCUGUGCUGGUGGUAUGGGUGGGCUCCUGACUGGUCUUUUUGCUACAUCUGAGGUGAACCCAAAUAUCGAAGGUGGCGCGUUUUAUGGUCAUGGUAUGCAGUUUGUGCACCAGCUGGCCUCGCAGUGCGUGGCUGCCGCUUAUUCUUUCUUCGUCACGAUCAUUAUUCUGUUCUUGCUGAAGGUCACGAUAGGUCUGCGUGUGGACGAGGAGAAAGAGGUGAACGGCAUUGACGUCUCGUAUCACGGCGGUCUCGCGUAUGAUUACAGCGGCCAAGACCACAUUGGACCAACUGUGAAGGCUGCCAACCCGCCAUUGGGUGAUUUUGCCGCGAUGAUGUCACCACACCUCGCCCACGAGUCUGCGCAGAAGCAGCCCAUGAUACGAACUUAG